UCCAUCAUCCCAUAAUUAGCACAACAUCUUAGUUCCCACGUUUUCUCUCUCUCUCUGAAUCUCUUUCUAUCUUUUUCGUUGAUUAUCUUUCUUUUUUUCUUCUUUUUUUCUUAAUCCAUUUUCCCACUUUCUUCUCUUGGUCCCUCUGCUGUCAUGGAAUCCAUGUCUUCUCUUCCCCAUAUCUUAAACAGAUAGAGUAAUAGGAGAAACACGGUUUGCAUGCUUUUUGACUCUCACGUUAUUAAUAUUAAGAUCUCAAUACCAACAAGGACCAAGAAGGGAAAUUAAAGAGAUAAUACACAAGAAGAAGAAGCAACCAAAAUUAUGUUGCAGAGAGCUGCGAGCAAUGCUUAUUCAUGGUGGUGGGUUAGCCACAUCAGAACAAAGCAAUCAAAAUGGAUGGAGCAAAACCUUCAAGAUAUGGAGGAAAAAGUGCAAACCGUUUUGAAGCUCUUAGAGGAAGAGGGGGACUCUUUUGCCAAGAGAGCAGAAAUGUAUUACAAAAGGAGACCGGAACUGAUAAGCUUUGUGGAGGAAUCAUUCAAGGCUUACCGAGCUUUAGCCGAACGAUAUGAUCACAUAUCAACGGAGUUGCAAAAUGCCAACAACACCAUUGCUUCUGUCUUUCCAGAUCGUGUCCCAUUUAUGGAUGAAGACGAAGAUGAUGGAUCACCAAGGCCUUCAAGAAAAAAAGCAGAAGGGUUCAAAACAAAUAUUCCAAAGCCUCCCGUUAAAGAUUUAAAAAGUGUCAUAACAACAGCAGCAGCCACAAGGAGAUUGCAUUCCAAGAAGCCAGCUGCCACAGCAACUUCUGCUGCUCCGAAAGUUCCUAAAUCUGGUUUGAGCAGAAAAGCGGCACUUGAAGAGGUUGACAAGCUGCAGAAACAGAUUCUGGCUCUACAAACUGUGAAGGAGUUUGUAAAGAACUCUUAUGAUAAUUCCGUAGCUAAGUACUGGGAAACUGAUGAGCAAAUCAAGGAAUUGCAAGAGAGAGUUUCCAUUCUGCAAGAUGAGCUUGGAGAAGGUGUUGAUAUUGAAGAUGAUGAAGCUCGCCGUUUGAUGGCAGAAGCUGCUCUUAAAUCAUGCCAAGAGGCAUUGACACAGUUGCAAGAGAAGCAGGAAAAAUCACUUGAUGAAACCAGAAUUGAAUCCAAAAGGGUAAAGGAUGUCAAUUCCAUGUUGGGCUCUCUCAUGGAGGAAUUCCAUUAUGAUCAGAAUAAUUCUGAAAAGCCAAGGGUCCAAAGAGAUUUAAAAGAAAUAGCAGAAACAAAGGACUUGGAAGAGAAUGCCAGAUUGACUCAGAAGAAACAGGAGUUGCAAUUAUUAAAGGAGAACAUUAAAGAGCACUUUGAGACUAGCUCCAAUUCAUCACUCAGUGUGGCAGAAAUGGCAGAGCAGAUUGAUGAGCUAGUGAACAAAGUAAUCAGAUUGGAAACUGCAGUAUCGUCCCAGAGUGUUAUGGUAAAGAGAUUGACAACAGAUACUGAUGAACUUCAUGAGCAGAUUCGAACUCUGGAAAAUGAUAAGGAAAGUCUUAUCAAGGACAAAAACAAAUUGAAUGACCAACUGAGAAAGUUGGAAGAAAAGAUGCAUGGAGUACAGGAUCUAAACCAAACUAUUGAGGAUCAGAAUAGCAAUCUCCAAACCCAAUUCAAUGAAGCACUUAGUAAUCUUGAUCAUCUCUCAGAGAAAGUCCAAAAUGUGCAGCCAGGCGAGGAGGCCAAGACCACAGAUUUAUCACACACACAAAAGGAUUCAUCAACCCAGGCUGAAUUAAAAAUCAAAUCUGAAGGACAAGUUCCUUUGAAUCAAGACAAUAUGUUGUUGAAUGAUAAGGAGAUUACAAAUGGUUUGGUAGAAGAUGAUGCAACAGAUAAGGAGCUUAAGGUUGCUGGUACUGUUGAAGAUGAUGCAACAUCAGACAACAAGCCUGAGGUCACUGGCUCACCAUCUGCUAGUGAACCCAAUGUCACCGGUUCUUUGGAAAAUGAUGCUAAGUCAGCAAAUGAGGUUAAGGUCACCAGUUCCUUAGAAAUGGAUGAGGCAACUCCUGUGGAAAACAAAUCUCCAAAAGAAUUGGAAAAACAAGAGAAGACUGUACAUCCUGGCAAUGAUGAUGAAAAGGCAACAGUUUCUAUGAGCACUACCACAGAAAAGCAGGAUGUCAGUCAGCACCUGGCGAGCAACAAGGCAGAUAGUUCUUCAGAGAGUUCUGAGAAACAGCAAGAAAAUGAUGAUAAGCAAAGUUCACGUGAGAUAGAGAAUGUGCUCAAAGUUGAUCCCAAGGGGCAGGCAACAGCACAAGAAGAUGAACCUGAUUGGCGGCAAUUGUUUACAAGUGGGAUGCAGGACAGAGAACAAGUUUUGCUGACUGAGUAUACUAAUACUCUUCGGAAUUAUAAAGAAGUGAAGAAGAGGCUGACUGAAAUAGAGAAGAAAAAUCAAGACAAUAACUCUGAUUCAUCUUUGCAGCUAAAUGAACUGAAGACAUCUAAUGCCAUGAAAGAUGAAGAGAUAAGACUUCUGCGUCAAAAAUUAGGUCUCCAGCAGAGAAGCAUGGAAGGAAAUGAAGAUUUCACAGAGGAACUUUUACAAAUUGAACUACCUGAAUCUACUUCACUCAUUGAAGAAAAAUUCCGGUCAAACAUGGAUGAAAUCCUAGAGGAGAACUUAACUUUCUGGUUAAAAUUCAGUGCUUAUUACUCUGAGAUACAGAAGUUUGAAACCACCAUCAAAGAUUUGCUGACCGAGUUAUCAAAAUUAGAGGAAAGAGAGAAGUCGUCAGAGGGUAGUAGCAGCAUAAAGUAUUCAAUAAAAUCAGAUUCAAGACCAAUUUACAAACACCUAACAGAGAUCCAAAGUGAAAUAACAGUCUGGAUGGAAAAAGGUGCCUUGCUGAAAGAAGAACUGCAAAGUCGAUUCUCAUCUUUGUGUGACAUCCAAGAAGAGAUAACAACAGAAUUGAAAAGCAGUGCUGAAGAUGAUGACUUCAGGUUCACAAGCUACCAAGCUGCCAAGUUCCAAGGUGAAAUUUUGAAUAUGAAACAGGAAAACAACAAGGUUGCUGAUGAACUUCAAACGGGUUUAGAUGGUGUAACAUCUCUCCAACUUGAAAUAGAAAAGGCUCUGGUGAAGUUGAAUGAUAAAUUUGGGUUCUCGGCUUCAAAGAGACAACAAAAUGGCCAGCUAAGACAAUCAGAGACUCGGGCCAAGGUUCCUCUGAGGUCAUUCAUCUUUGGCGCCAAACCAAAGAAACAAUCAAUCUUCUCCUGUAUGACCCCUGGAAUGCAUAGGAAAUACCGGUAGGAGCAGGGUCAUGUAAAAUAUAUUCCUAUCGUGCUUUUUUUUUCAAAAAAAAAAUAUCUUUGUGAUAAUUCUUUUAUCGAUUAUAUUUAGUAGUGUAUUAACAGUCCCCUCUUCACUAGAAGGGAGGAUUUAUUUUUUAUUUUUUGCUUGUUCAUAAAUCAUAAGUUGGUGAAGACAAAAAUGUAGUAUUUUGGUUUACAUUGUAUUUGGAGAAUUUGGACGAGGGGGAGGAGUGUAAUUCGGUAAUGAUAAUUUUAUGGCUUGGUAGAAAUUCAGAUUUAACUAGAACAGUAAUUGCAACAUUAUUAAACGGAAAUCGCUUAACCCAAAAAAAAGGGGAGCAAUGAUCAACUGUUAAUAGUGGAUGCCAACCUCAAUAUAAACCCCUGUUGGGAAUCAUUUAGUAUCAUUUCUGAUUUAAA